AAACCGAUCAGCCGUCUGGUUACUGUCUGUUGACUCCGCCCACUAUGACACCACUCAUAGGAACCAGUGAAGCCACUGGAACUGUUGCUUCACGUUCCGAAUUUGAACUGGAACUGGAAAAAAAAAAAACGCCAUCCACACAUUUUACUGUCAUCGGGAUCUAAGUAGAGUGAGAAGGAAGGAUGUCUACCGACUGGGAGCCCACCUACACUGUGAAGCUUGCUCAGCUCCUGCUGCUCUCCACCUACUGGGGCAUGCAGAUCUGGGUCACGUUCAUAUCAAGCUUUGUGAUGGACAACCACCUGAACAGACAUACCUAUGGGUUCAUUCAGAGCCGCCUGGUCCCCUUCUAUCUUCACCUGGGUUCAGGCUGCGCUUUCUUUAACCUCACCAUCUACGCCAUAUAUCACCCCAGCGACAUGCUGACCGACAGGGAGUCUUUUCAGAUCUUCAUCUUGUUCGUUUCAGUGACGGUGGCAGCGGUCAACGCCCAAUGGUUUGGCCAGAUGACCUCGGAGAUCAUGGCGGACAUGCACCUGAUCGAGCAAUCAUGCGGAUUGGGCCAGGACAUCGGCCAGUCGUCCAACCGUGAGGCGUACGCCAAGCUGUGCGAGACGGACAUCAAAUACAGACACCUCAGCAGCCGCCUGUGGCUGUAUAGACUGCUGUCCUCCCUGUGUAACCUGUGCUGCAUUGCGUGCAACUUCUGCAGUCUAUCGUACAUGGCGGAGAAUCUGGUUACGUUGUAAAAGGGGCAAGACACGAGGCUGCUUUCUUUUAAAAGGGGGGUUGGAUAAAAAACAUAUUUUGUAUUUUCACGUCCUAUCAAGGGGGUUUAAUUUCUGUUUUUUUUCCAUAGCCAUGCUAAGGCCAACAGAAGCUGCUCUUCUUUUGAAAGGGCUCCAGGUUGUUACAAAAGGAAUGAAGGCUUGCAGGUCUACCUGUGUCUCACCUUUCACCAGGAAUAUCUUUAUUAAGAAAUCUUAAUCAAGAGGACCUUCUUACUAUCUUAUUCUAUUUGUUUGUGUUCGUGCACCAAUUCCCCCUUGCACUGCACCUUAAAAACAACCGGGGGUGGGGUGGGGGGGGGAGUCCUAAACACUCAAAGCACGUGUUUGACUACUAUAUCUCUCGACACAAUGUGGUGGAACAAAGCAGCUUUUUGUCACUGCAGUUUCUCAGUUUUGUUUUCUUCAGUCUUUCGAUGAUAAGUGUUUUGUUUAUUGGUGGUGAAUAUGAACCAAUAAUCGAUCUGGUGAUUGGUCUUCAAUUACUAAGAGAAUACUUGUAUUAUGGUUGCUAAUUUACAAGGUACCUUUUUGUUGGUGAAUUGUUUUACCGGAACGUAUAAGCAUCCCUACAUUUCUGGGACCUAUUUUUAUGCACUCCCAGAACAGCUUUUUUUGAUGGGAUGGUUCACAUCUUUUGAUAUCUGUACUUAUUGGUUGUACCACUUUUCAUGUGUUUUUAGGAAAUGGGGAAUUGGUGGGAAUGCAGUGUGAGAAAGCAAGAUGACUGAGGCUUCUCAUCCCAGGUGGAUACCUCAUUGUACGGAAAACACUGACACCAAAUAACUUUUAGGCAACAGAGGAUUUCUAAAUCUCUUUACUUAUUGCUAUUUAUUUAUUUUAAUUUAAGACUGAAGAUGUGGUAUGGGCCAUGCUGGCAAUACAAUGCAAAAUAAACAUUUUCACAACAAAAAAGGUUUUUAAAUAGCUUGCGUGUGUGUGUGUAUAUUGUCAUCGGAACACAUUUUAAUUUUCAGCCAUUCCCACACAUUAACACCUGUAUGCCAUAGGUGUUUGCCACAAUAACACCUGUAUGCCAUAGGUGUUAUUGUGUGGGAAUGGCUGAAAAAGUAUGUUGCAAUGGCUGGAUAAACUGGGCAUGUCAAUUGGUUUACGUGAGCCUGUUACUCAUUCGAUGACGGGCACAGAUGGCCUAUGUACAGAAUGACCUAGUAGUCCCACUUGCGAUGAAUCUUUUAAGUCCUAACAAUCCAAACAAAAUGUUCUAAAGAAAGAUCAGAAAUUAAUUUAUUACAUUCAUGUCCUUUUAACGACAUUCAUAACACAAUUUGGGUGUUUAUGGAAAAUUGUUGUACAUAAAGAUAAUUACAAAACUUGGUUCUAAAAUAAAAUGUCAAAUCAGCUGCAGAUAGUUUAAGGUUGAAAUUUUUAUUUAUGAAGUCAAAAGUAUCUUAGCUUUGCAUCUUCAAGCCUCACGUCCAUAAUUAAUAUGCAAGAGAACAGUGUCAAUAACAAUAUCCUAAAUAAAAAAAACUCAUUCAGUUAUGUCCUGAAUCGCAAAUGGCAUUUGUAAAAUGUUAACAGUUUUCACACUGACCUUUUAAAAAACAGUAAUACCUUGAAAAUUCAUACUGAUAUUUCUUAGAAAAAAGCAAUACAGCUUUAACAAUCCCAAAACACUUUAGAGUGCAGUAAAUAAAAACGAAGGCUCUGAUGAAAAGACAAAAAACAAUGUCCUCCCAUCACAGAGACCAGUAACAGCCUGUGAGAGAAUCAGUAACCACCAAUCCAUUGUAAACACCUAGAAAGCGCUUAUCCCUACCAAAGGACAUUUAAAAACAACAUUUAAAGUCACAAUCCUAACUUUUAAAUGGGAUAUUAAAAUCCUAAAACACCCUUUGGUAGAGUACUCACUGUCUAUUUAACAGUACAUUUACCAAUUCAAAUUACAUUUAAAAGUCUAUAAAGUUUAGAAUCAAGAGAAUCUAGCCAUUGAUAUCCAGAUCUGUUGUUCCGAUUUGAAGGCAUAGAUUAAAUCACAUUCUUAGUAACCAGCUAACCAUACUAUACUAUAAAGGAAAAGGAAGGAUUGUGUCUUUAAAUUAAAAUAUAAUUUACUACUUACAGGCCUAACACCUAUAAACAUCUACAUUUAAAGUAAAAUUAUCCAGCAGAUUUCUCCUUUCCUCAGGAAUAUUUAUUUUAGUUCAACUUGAACAGUUUCUGUUGGUCUAACGAGUCUAUGAAUGUCCGCUCCAUUGACAUCAUUGUAUUGUAAACAUUGCAAUGUAGUUUGAAUGUCCCUUUAUGCAACCACUUAAAAAAAAAACUGCCCGGAACACUACAAUAAAAACAAAAUAAAUACUGUUUAAAAAGAAAA